AUGGCACGCCCCAAACAAACAGCCCGAGGGCCAAAGCAUGAAUUGAGACACCACCGCUACACCGACCAUGCUGGGCAGCCAGCUGCACUGCUCAAAGACCAAUUUACUCAUCCUGAAGAAGUGCCCCCGGAGGACGACUGGGCUGAAGUUCCUCAACUCGCCUUUCAGGUUUACAGCACCAUCCCUUUGGAUCCAGAUCAUACUGCUCUAUACAAUUAUCUAUCCACUCAGAUUGACUUCUGGCCUCAGCCCUGCUUUGAGAUUUACGCGCCUCAACCUGAUGCUUUCGCCUGUGUGGAGCAUCAGAGACGAGAAAUCGCCCACCGCAAGCGUUUCAGGCCAGGAGAUGAAUUCUUCCCUGGGAUUGCCAAAAUUGUACCUGAUGACGGAGAGCGACUUCCUCAGGGACUGCUGAUAGUGAUCCGAUCAGAUAGCUACCGCCAGAGCUGGGCGGGCCCCAAUGAAAAAGAGGGCGAUGGGACAUGUCCGUUGUGGGUGACUUUUAAUCGGUGUUUUCCGCAGAAGACAGAGGUGGAUGUCCGCUCGCGGUAUACAUUCGCCCCGCCAUACGCGAGGGCUUUGAUUCCUCACGUGGAUCAAGACGAGGAUCUAUCUCUUGAACGAAGUGAGACUGUGGUGGUUUUGCGCAAUGCAGUCGCAGAUCUGAGCUGUGAUCUCAAAUAUGUGUUCAACAGAAGCCGUCUGAUGAACUCCGAUUUUGAUUAUGGUUUUGACGAAGAUGAGGGACAGCCAUACGAUUCCAGUCAGCCUAUUUCACCCAGAGAUCGUGAGGCGAUUGACGAAAAAGCGGAAUCCUCGCUCCUUGAUGGUCUCACUGUAUCAUCACCGUCAGAUGGCACUGUUACAAUCACCACACCCUCUGCAGUGGCAGACCCAGACCUUCAAUACAUCAUCCAUGUCUCAUUCCCGCAUUCCGCCCAAGAUCUAGAAGGAAUCGCACGAGCAUUCACCUCCACUAUGCUGGAGAACCUUCCCACCCAAAAGUCGAUCUACUUUGGCUUCCGCUCCUCACGUUCAUCUAUAGGCCAUAUUGUGAAUACCCAUCGUGAAAUUGUCAACACUCACCCAGGAAUGAAGAUAGGUGCAAUCCAAACGGUAACACUAUUUCGUGGGACCCCACCACAAAGACAAAAAAUGCGGCUUUUCCCUUCUACGAGACGGGAAUCGAGCUUUGAAAAUCCCUGGUUUGGUGACACAUAUAAAACUUUCAUCGUCAUCCUUGAUCGGCCGGAUUUUCUGGCUGGACCUGGCGUUCUUUUCCUUCUCGCAGACCCAGAACCCUCGGAUGAAUACCCGCCAGCGAAAAAUCCUGACACACAACAUAUGUCAAAUCCAUUGUACUCCCCUAGGAAUCCUCGGAUAUAUCAAGCUUGGCGAAGUAUGGGCAUGCCUGCCGUGGCACGAAGACUGGCAAUGCUUGUUCUAGAAGAGUCAAGAGAUGAGGUGACUCAGGGAGGGUAG